AUGCGAGUAAUGUAUCACCAUAUUCAGUUACUUUCUCUUUGUGGAAUAAUUUACACAAGUAAAGUAUAUGCAAAUGAUUCAAUUACUUCAGCAAGCCCUCAUGGGGCUGAAGGCGAAGCUCACGAGCUCGGGGAAGUAUAUAACUUCCGCGAUGGGGUUGAUACUGUCGCUCAAGGAUCCGGUCUUAGAAGUGAAAACUUGGCACAACCAGGUUCUGCAUCCGAUACCUCAUCGGAGCUUUUCACUGAAUCUGUUGCAGCCAGCAGUUAUUUUGAAGUCUAUCCAACUUCAAUAGACAGUGAUGUUUCUACAGCGAGACGCAAAAGGAAUUUUGGUGACACUGCAUCCUCAGGUGGCGCAUGCUCUCCUUCAGAGCAAGGGUCCAAUGGAUCGGUUGGAUUCACGGCAAAGUUUUAUGAAUAUAUAUAUGAUGACGAUGACUCCCUGAGAAGCGUGUCUUGGUAUCAAGGGGGAUAUAAAACUACCUUAAUUGCAAGCACAAACGAUGUUACUGAUAUCAACUUUGAUAUCGAUCACUCUAGUGACCCAAGCGAUAUCAUGGAUGUAUACGGUAAAUCGGUUAGUCAAAAUUUCGCUCUUGAACUUACUGGAUAUUUUUUGGCCACGGAGAGUGGGGCACAUAAUCUCCUGAUAGUAGUUGAUGACGGUGGAAUGGUCACAUUUGGCAAUGGUGAAGCUUUUGAAUGCUGCAAUACAAAAAAGGCAAAUAACGAUGGUGGGUUUAGUGUUAUGGCACAUUGGCCAACAAUGACACCUACUAAUGCGACAUACAGUCUUUCUCAAGGUUACUACUACCCAAUAAAAAUCGUCUACAAUAAUAUGGGUGGACCAGCUUUCUUGAAGUUCUUUAUGACGACACCUAGCGGAAAAAUCAUUGAAGAUUUCACAAGUGUAUAUUCAUUCCCUAACAAGCCAGAAGCUUGCCCUGUGGAAAUAGUUACCACAACAAUAGCUUGGGGAGAAGCAACAACUCUGACACUGACAAUCACAGGUACUGAGACUCCAAGAACUGAUACUAUCGAAGUCUUAACCCCUGCACAUGAAAUUACUAUAACAACCCCAUGGAGUGAGACGUAUACCUCGACACGGACAAUAACCCCCACCAACUCGGAUGGAACUACAACCAUUGAAGUGUACACCCCUCCUCAUGUAACAACCAUGACAACCCCAUGGAGUGAGACUUACACCUCGACACGGACAAUAACCCCCACCAACUCGGAUGGAACUACAACCAUUGAAGUGUACACCCCUCCUCAUGUAACAACCAUGACAACCCCAUGGAGUGAGACUUACACCUCGACACAGACAAUAACCCCCACCGACUCGGAUGGAACUACAACCAUUGAAGUAUACACCCCUCCUCAUGUAACAACCAUGACAACCCCAUGGAGUGAGACUUACACCUCGACACAGACAAUAACCCCCACCAACUCGGAUGGAACUACAACCAUUGAAGUGUACACCCCUCCUCAUGUAACAACCAUGACAACCCCAUGGAGUGAGACUUACACCUCGACACAGACAAUAACCCCCACCGACUCGGAUGGAACUACAACCAUUGAAGUGUACACCCCUCCUCAUGUAACAACCAUGACAACCCCAUGGAGUGAGACUUAUACCUCGACACAGACAAUAACCCCCACCGACUCGGAAGGAACUACAACCAUUGAAGUGUACACCCCCCAUUACACGACUGAAAUUUAUAGCACAAGUAGCACAAUCAUCGUUUCAAGUCAUUCUUGGUCUAAUUGUACUACCUCAACGGAUUCUAGCAUUUCAAGCAUGGAACCAACGAUUUCUCUGCUCACAGAAAAGAUUACUCUGACGGAAGUACUCACGGUUACAUCCUGUACUGAAUCAUCUUCAUCGUAUACACCCGUGAGUCCAUCAGAAACAAAUUGUCAUACAACUAUUGAAACUUUCAUUUCCACAAUCACUAAAACAGUAACUAUUCCGUGCACCGACAUAUUUACAACUACUCGUACUAUGUGCUCUAAAUGCGAAAGUAAUCAAAUUGUUGAAACGGUCACAAUGACUCGUGCAACAAUAGUCACAACUCUUUCCACAGCCACUUGCACAACAACUCGUACGUUGUAUUCCAACCUGGCAGAUAAUUCAGAUGCUGCAACGAAGCCUAGUUCUAUAACGACGACUGCAAUAAUUCCACUCACCAAAAUCAAGCCAACGCAUACGGAUGCCUCAUACUCGUCUGGUAAUACUACGAAUUUUGAAACUGUAUCUUAUACUCUUACUGGACCCGAGUUUGAUAGUACUGAAACAAUGGAAACUGUGACUUUGAAGUCUUCAUCUACUGUUUCCAGUUACAGUAAUCGUAUUAAUCCAAUUUCACCUACAAUUGCUAGCCAAUCCGAGGACAAAGCCACAUCACUCAAUAUUUCAAUUUUCUCCACAUUGAUUUCCAUCUUUUUAUGGUUAUUGGUUUAA